CUUCUCCUUUAAAAGGCCCUCAAACCUCCGAAACCCUAAACCUCUUUCACCUUUAUCGGCUUCGCGCUCGUAGUUGCCGUCGCCACUGCUGCUUUCUCGUCUCAAUUGCAAUUUCUGUCAUCCAUUCAUUCAUCUCUCGAAUAAUCUCUGCUCUAAUGGAGUUCUGGGGUAUUGAAGUUAAACCUGGACAAGCUGUUAAAUGUGAGCCAGGGGUUGACAGAGUUUUGCAUCUUUCACAGGCUUCUCUUGGGGAAAGUAAGAAGGAAAAGGGGAGUGAAAAUGUCCCAAUUUUUGUCAAUGUCAACAACCAAAAACUAGUUCUUGGAACCCUUUCUACAGAGAAGUGUGCUCAAAUUCAGUAUGACCUUGUCUUUGAGAAGGAAUUCGAGUUAUCACAUGGUUCCAAGAAUACCAGUGUAUUCUUUGUUGGUUAUAGGAGCAUUUAUCAGGGCUAUGAAUCCGAAGAUGAUUUUUCUGAUUCUGAGUCUGAACAGGAUCUUCCAGUUGAAAAGCAAGCAAACGUUUUAGGGAAUCCUUCUAAGAUUGUGGCUGGCAAGGCAACCGCAGCUAAAGUUGCUUCUGGAAAGGCUGAUAAUGCGUCUGCUAAAUUGAAGUCUAAGGCGGAGAUUAAAGAGCCCAUUAAAGAUGAUAAAAAUAAGGUGGAAGUCAAAGAUGAGGAUAAUAGUGAUGACGACGAAGACGACGAAGAUGAUGAUUCUGAAGAAGAAUCUGAUGAUGAUGAGGAAAUGCUUGCGGCACCCGGCGACGACGGCUCCAGCGAAGAGGAUGAUGAGAGCUCCGACGAAGAGGGUACGCCGAAGAAGGUUGAAAACAUCAUUAAGAGAAAAGCAGAUUCCGCUUCAAAAACACCUGUUCCUGAGAAGAAAGCUAAGCUCGUUACUCCUGCUGGAACCCAGAAAACAGGUGGUGGUGGUGAUGGGAAGAAAAGUGUUCACAUUGCAACUCCUCAUCCGUCUAAGCUUGGUGGAAAGCCUCAGCAGUCUCCAAAAUCCGGCGGAACCGCAGCUUGCAAAUCCUGCAACAGGACUUUUGUCUCCGACAAUGCUCUUCAAGCGCACAACAAAGCCAAGCAUGGCGCUGCGCCUGCAAAGUGAGUGGGGGGAAUGAAAGGAUUCAUCGGCUUCUGCUUCGAUUUUUGGCUUUUAGCUUAAGCGGUUUUCUGUGAGUGUCUGUCUUAUUAUUCUGAACGAGCAGUUCCUUUUUAGGACUUGGGGGUAUUAUUAACUGGAUCACUAUGGGCUAGUGCUUCGUUCUUAUUAUUGCCAGUGCUUAUUUGGCUCUUCUUUAUAUUUAAUCUACUCCUAAUGAUAUUGCCAUGAAAUGCUGUUUGUUA